ACACAUUUAUUUUUAGCAUCUUUCUGAACUCUAGUUAGGUUUCUUGGGUCCCACACAAUAUUUAUCGUUCCAGGUGGCAAGAUCUCAAGGGCUAAAGAAUCCGAAUCCGAAUCGAAUCAAAUUCACCCCAAAAGAAAAAUAAAAAAGCAUUCAUCCUUUCACUCCUGUAUCAGCUGCAAGUUUUCGGAGUUUGAAGCUGUUUCGGAAGCCAUGAGCUCGGUUUUGCAGGGUUUUACCAAGUCACUGGCGAUGACUUUUGUAUCGGAGAUUGGUGACAAGACGUUUUUCGCUGCUGCUAUAUUGGCGAUGCGUUAUCCGAGGAGACUUGUGUUGGCAGGUUGUGUGUCCGCUCUUAUUGUCAUGACUAUCCUCUCUGCUACUGUUGGAUGGGCUGCUCCUAAUCUGAUCUCUCGCAAGUGGACUCAUCACAUAACGACAUUGUUGUUCUUUGGUUUCGGGCUAUGGUCUUUGUGGGACGGUUUUAAACAAGGAGGAGGGGAAUCAGAAGAAUUGGCUGAAGUCGAAGCAGAACUGGAUUCUGAUUUGAAGGCUAAUGGUAAAGCUACAAAAGAUAACAACAGUAAGAUUGAAGAUGAAAACAAAAAGCAGAACAGGCCAUUCCUCACACAAUUCUUCUCUCCAAUCUUUCUCAAGGCAUUUUCGAUUAAUUUCUUUGGUGAAUUUGGUGACAAGAGUCAGCUUGCUACAAUUGGUUUAGCCGCAGAUGAAAAUCCGUUUGGGGUGGUCCUUGGCGGAAUUGUAGCACAGCUAUUGUGCACCACUGCUGCUGUGAUUGGAGGAAAGAGCUUAGCUUCUCAAAUAUCCGAAAGAAUAGUUGCUCUUUCUGGUGGAAUGCUUUUCAUUAUUUUUGGCAUCCAAUCGUUUCUCACUUCUGUUGAGUGAGGCCUAGUUUUGUUUGUUUGCUGUAGUGCAGAUGAUGAUGAUGAAAAAGGAGCAUCAGUACACUAUAGUUUCUUAGAUGAUUUAAUACUUGAUAUUACAUGUUUUACACAAGUUACUUACAGAAAACAAAUCUUAUCUACAGUUACAAGAAAUACAUUUAAACAGGCUUAAACAGACUUCAAUAAAGUUGACGUUCCCUUUUUUUUGUU